AUGCUUUGCAAAGUUUGUUGUGACACUCUUCAGUGGACUCUAAACCCUCACUCAGUCCCUCACGUGAAGCAAGUAUGCACCAUUGAACAAUUCAAACACGACAGCGGCUUUGGAAAUGUCUACCUUCCAACUCAAGAGCAGACUCCUAUAGUGCCUGUCGAUCGACCUCUUUAUAUGUUCAGUCAUCACCUUACUCUGGAGUCCUUUGAGCAGUCUGUUCGCGAUGGCUGUUCUGUCUGUGUUGGCUUGAACUCCCUCGAAAACCUGCCAGACGAUAACCCAAUGAUCGCCGCACUAGGUUUUUACUCCUUAUUCAAGCACCAGACAAUACGACUUUCCCCCCAUAGGGUGUCAUCCGACAUCUCGUUGUAUAGCCGCAACCACAGCACGUCAUAUCAUACGACACUUAAUGGAUGGAUUGGGCCACUCGAUAAUUUCAAUAUCAAUCUCAGCCCAUCGACCGGCGAUGAGACCACGUUCCGGCUCAUUGACGCUUGGCUGGACACAUGCCUUAGAAGCCACAAGGAAUGUGCCCAGGCAGGCGCAUUUGUUCCACCACGCCUUCUGCAACUUGAUGCUGCCGGAAAUUUCCGGCUGGUCCUAAAAGACGAUGUCAAACCUGGAGCUCGAUACGCUACAUUCGUUCACUGUUAUGAUAUCGACGAUAGCACCACUCGGCUGAUUCAAUCCACUAUUGAACAAUUCCUUUCCUCUCAGCCUUUGUCGAUUUUACCAUCAUCAUACCGCGAUGCAUUCACGGUGCUUCAGCGAAUGGGUUUUCAAUACCUAUGGAUAGAUCUACUUUGUGUUAUUCAGGACAGUAGAUCCGAUUUGGCUGAGCAUGAAAAUGCGAGGAACAACAUUUACGCCAACAGCUUCCUUGGUAUUGGUGCGGCUGGCUCAAGCUCUCCAGCUUCUGGGCUCUUCGUCGAGAGAGACCCACAAUGUGUUGUAGCCAACGACAACCAAUUCUAUACAGCCAACGAUGGAACAAUUAUCCCACUCACUGCGAAGCCCCAGGUGCAAAGAAUUAACUUCCUCGAUGAGCCACUCUCUCGAAGUGCGAAUGCGUUAGAAGCGCGGUUUAUCACUCCACGUAUGGUUCAUUUUGGGAGUAAAAUGGUCUUUUGGGAGUGCUAUGGUGCUAUCGCCGAUGAGGUUCAUCCUCGUGCCAGGCAUAUUAAUACUGGUUCGGGGCGUGAGAGCGAGAUAGACCUCUUUGGGUCGGACAUCAAACCACUUCAUGGUAUUCAGUAUAUGCCGUCGAAUAAUCGGAUCGCCCAGAUACACUCUCAAUGGCGGACUAUUGUAGAGCAGUAUACCCAAUGCGAAAUGCAACCACAAGAUGGUGGCGGUCGCCUCUUGGCGCAUGUGGCAUCCAAAAUCAAGGGACUUCUGGAACAACAAGGCGUGCAGGAGGUGACCUAUCUCGCCGGUAUGUGGAAGAACUUUUUCCCCGCUGAGUUGCUCUGGCACUCUUCCCCAAAUGACACUCGUCGUGUCAGAGACAGGGCGCCAUCGUGGAGCUGGCUGGCUCUAGAGGCCCCAAUCAGGUAUUCAACACUCAAUCUGGAGAAAGUGAAUGCCAGCCUACUCUUCUUGCCCGUUUGCGCCGAGACUGAGACGAUUUUGGAGACCAAGGCGCUGAAGAAUCCGGAUACCGGUAUAAUCAUCGCUGACGUGCAAGAUUGGGAGUUGAUACAUCAAGUCCAUUGGUUGAUACACUUUGAUACAAAGGGCGAUAUGGAUGUGGGCGAAGUAUUCGUGAUACCAAUCAGCACCGAGCCGGAACGAAGAGAGCGAUGGUGGCAUAUUCGGGGGUUGGCUUUACGCCAACUUGAUGAUAACAAUUUCAUCCGAUGUGGCUAUUGUUCACUCUCAGCAGGUAGUGAAGAGCAAGCGCGUGCUCUUUUCGAGGAAGUUCCCGAUCGUGAGAUUACCAUUAUCUGA